UGAAGGCUGCCGCAGUUGACUUCAGUGAUCUGGGGCUACCAUGGCUUUUCAAAGUGUGCUUAUCAUGUUGUUCCUGGCACCUGUUGUCAGCUGUUUAGACAACGGUUUGGCUUUAACUCCUCCCAUGGGCUGGAUGCAGUGGGAAAGGUUUAGAUGUAACUUGGACUGUAAGAAUGAUCCAGAGAACUGCAUCAGUGAGAAGUUAAUAAUGGAGAUGGCAGACAGAAUGGAGAAGGAUGGGUAUAGAGAUGCUGGUUAUACAUAUAUCUCUCUGGAUGAUUGCUGGAUGAGUACAAAGCGGGACUCACAGGGAAUCUUACAACCAGACAAGGAUAGGUUCCCACAUGGAAUCAAAUAUCUGGCUGAUUAUGUUCACUCUAAAGGUCUGAAGCUUGGAAUCUACUUGGACAUGGGGUUGGAAACUUGCAAGGGUUUUCCAGGGAGCAAAUUCUCCAUCCAGAGGGAUGCUCUUAGCCUUAAAGAGUGGGGAAUUGACAUGCUUAAGAUGGACUGUUGUGAGGGAGGGUCUGAUAUGGUGACAGGAUACGAAGUGAUGGGAUUUUACCUAAAUCAAACUGGGAGACGUAUAGCAUUUUCAUGUAGUUAUCCAGCUUGUAUUGGUGAUAUGUUUUCUGAUUAUGCGGGGGUCGCCAAAUUGUGUAAUUCAUGGAGGAAUGCCAUUGACAUCACCGACAGCUGGGAACGAGUUUACGAAGUGAUGAAGUUCUACUCUAAAGACGUAUACAGCUUCUCCAAGUUUGCAGGUCCUGGUCACUGGAAUGACCCAGACGAGAUGAUAGUUGGGGACUACAGUCUGAGUGACGGACAAGAAAGGUCACAGUUUGGGAUGUGGGCCAUGUUUGCUGCUCCAUUGUUCAUGUCUGUGGACCUGAGAAACAUCAAAUCAUCUUCCCGAAACCUUCUACUGAACAAGCGUGUUAUUGAUAUCAAUCAAGACCCCCUUGGGGCUCAGGCAACUAAUGUGUGGCAGCGUCCAUGGACUGAUCAAGGAGUUGUUACAGGCUGGGUAAAACCACUCAUGAAGAAAGGAAGUUAUGCCAUCGCUCUACUGAAUGGAUCUGCUUAUGGAAUGCCAGCACCCAUUAAUAUUACACUGAACGAUCUUGGUUUGAACAAUGAAGGUGGUUAUAACAUUACGGAGACGUUUGAAGGGAAGUUUCUUGGUCCUUACAAACUAAGGGAACCAAUCCUCUUAAAGAUUCACGCUCAUGAUACAUUUCUAGCGACUGUUGUACCACUAUAAUCCUAGCCUGUAGCUGGUGCCAUCGUAGCUAGUGUUACAGUAAUAUACUGUAAACAUAUUUGUUUUCAUACGUUGUAAUUUUCAUGGUUUUAUCUAAAGUUUGAAGCAUGCAUUUUCAUAGAAAUCUUUUUUGCAAAAAAAUUAAAUUCUCGAAAAUAUUUACCUCUAUAGUAGUCUAAUUAAUAUAUUCACAAGAUAGCAAAACAUAUACAAUGGGCACACAGUUUUCAUAAGGGAUGCCAAGAGUCAGGUGUUCAUAUGUUGCUAUAGUGAUUCCUCAUUAACACAUCUUCUAAAUGGCAGUUGUAUCAGGUAAAAUUGAUACUAGGUUAUAAGUUCAGGGAUGUGUGAAAAUAUUUUGCUAUUAACAUGUAGUUUAAGAAUCGAAAGAUAAUAUUUUGUGAUAGCCUGCAAACAUAUUCCUUCUAUCAUUAUUUGUUGUUAGAACCAGUGUAUAGUACCUAGAACUAUCUCUGUAUCCCCGUUUCUGCAGAAAUUUAUUUCACCUCAGCAGUGAAAGAGCUUUUGGUGUUGGCAAAAAAUGCAUGCUUUGAAGAAGAAUGAUUUACCAGUAAGAUUAAUACGAGUAUUGAAAUUGAUGACUGAAGAUUCUACUCAAAUUCUAUUUCACAAAGGCUGGAUCACACACAUUUUUAGUUCCAUUGUUUUGAAGAUUCUGUUGUCAAAAGUUGCAUUUGCAUAGUAGUGUAUGCAUUAUUUAAGAUUUUUUUUUGUGCAGUAAUAUGCUUAGUGUGUUUACAAAAUGUGGUAAUUCAGGUAACUCUGAAAAAACUGCCUUAUUUUAACUCCAAGUUUCAUAUGUGUAGUUAAGAAUUAAUUACAUUUACGUUUUAUUCUGAACAUGAAAGGAGUUGAUUUUAAGGAUAAUUACGGUUACAAUUGGUAUGACCUAUGGAAAUAAUUUUUAUAAAUGUUAAUACCUGCUUUCAAUAAUCAAAAGACGCUUUUCUGCUUUAUAUGUACUGGCAUGUGCCCAUUUUGAUUUAUUAAAUUAGCUGUUAUAUUGAAGUGUUUCUCCUAGGUAAAUAUAACCAUGUGAUGGUCAUUUUGCUUAUAGUGCUACUUUGUAUCGCCCAAUAAUCUAGUCAGAAGAAAAUUUUUUGUCGGUCUUUGUAAAAAAAUCCUUUUCUUGAUAGUAUGAUGCCAUGUUGUGACAUUUAAAGUAAAUGAAUCAUUGUAGAUCUGUUUGUCAACCUUAAGAUACUGCUAACAUUGUAAUAAUUAGGGCAUUGGAAAUUCUUCUUCAACCCCUUAUAAUACAACAUGGCAGCUCUACUUUCGUUUUGGAAGGCUUACCCAGAGAUUGAAAAAAACAAUAGCUUUUUUUAUACCUAUGUGAUAUUUGUAAUAUAGAUCUGUUGUAAACCAAUCCACUAGAUCUGUAUUUUAUAGCACUGAGUGUGUUCUACUGUGUCAUGUUAUGUUGGAGUGCAACUCCUUUAAAUAUUACAAAAGAUAUACAUGUAUAUUAAUGCAAUUUUUAUUUUUCACUAAUCACAAUAAAAUUUAUAUUUG